AAAGGCACAUAACAAACAACAAUAUUCUACGUAGUACGUAGUUCAUAGAAUUAUCUAAGAUGAUGAUGAAAAGAAUGGGGGCUUGGAUCAUGUUGCUAGCAUUAUUGACUAUGGUUGGCGAAUGGUAUGGUCGUUGUUAUGGGUGUUUGGAGGAAGAGAGGAUUGGUCUCUUGGAGAUCCAAUCUUUGAUCGACCCACAUGGCGUUACCUGGAGAGAUAGGAGAUUGGCGAAUGGUAAUUGUUGUGAGUGGCCUGGGAUCGAGUGUGAUAACACUACAAGGCGAGUGAUCCAACUCUAUCUUAGAGGAGCAAGGGAUGAGAUCAGCUUGGGCGAUUGGGUUCUCAACGCAUCUUUGUUUCUGCCUUUUAAAGAAUUGCAAAGUCUUGAUUUGGGAGUGAAUAGAAUUGUUGGUUGCUUGGAGAAUGAAGGCUUCGAAGUCCUAUCAUCAAAACUGAGCAAUCUUGACCUACGUUUUAACCGAUUUAAUAAUGAUAAAAGCAUUUUGUCAUGUUUCAAUGGUAACCUUUCCACUCUCAAGUCUUUGGAUCUAUCAGGCAAUGGGUUGACAGCUGGAUCAGGAGGUAGCUUCUAUGGUUUCAAGGUCUUAUCAUCAAGGUUGAAAAAGCUGGAGAACCUUCUUCUAAGUUGGAAUCAAUACAACGAUAGCAUUUUUCCAUCUCUUACUGGAUUUUCAUCCCUCAAGUCUUUGGAUCUAUCAGGCAAUCAGCUGACAGGAUCAGGUUUUGAGAUCAUAUCAUCACAUUUGGGGAAACUCGAGAACCUGGACCUCAGCUAUAAUUAUAUAUUGAACGACAACAUUUUAUCACAUCUGCGUGGAUUUUCUCAUCUCAAGUCUUUAAAUUUAUCAGGCAAUGUGUUGCUAGGAUCGACGACUGUCAAUGGGACUUUCUUCAAUUCUAGCACCCUUGAAGAAUUGCAUCUAGAUCGUACUUCUCUCCCAAUAAACUUUCUCCAAAACAUUGGAGCAUUGCCUGCUCUUCAAGUCUUGUCUGCUGGUGGAUGUGACCUCCAUGGCACCCUACCUGCUCAAGGUUGGUGUGAAUUGAAGAAUAUGAAGCAGUUAGAUCUCUCUGGAAAUAAUUUGGGAGGUUCACUCCCAGAUUGUUUGGGAAACUUGUCUUCUCUACAGCUAUUAGAUGUUUCUGAAAACCAGUUUACUGGAAAUAUUGCCUCCGGUCCUCUUACCAACAUCAUAUCCCUUAAAUUCCUCUCACUAUCAAAUAACCUCUUUGAAGUUCCCACCUCAAUGAAACCUUUUAUGAACCACUCAAGCCUCAAGUUCUUCUCCUGUGAGAACAACAAACUAGUAACAGAACUUGCUACCUUUGAUAAUUUGAUUCCAAAGUUCCAACUAGUCUUUUUCCAAUUGUCAAAACCAUCAGAAGCACUCAAUGUAGAAAUCCCCGACUUCCUCUAUAACCAAUACCACUUAAGAUUCCUUGAUCUCUCCCACAACAACAUCACCGGAAUGUUUCCAUCGUGGUUGCUUAAGAACAAUACACGAUUGGAACAACUAUAUCUGAGCGACAACUCCUUUGUUGGUGCUUUGCAGUUGCAAGAUCACCUCCAUCCGAAUAUGACCAAUUUAGAUAUAUCUAACAACAACAUGAACGGUCAAAUUCCAAAAGAUAUUUGUUUGAUCUUUCCAAAUCUAGGCAGCUUAAGGAUGGCUAAGAAUGGAUUCACAGGCUGUAUUCCUUCUUGUUUAGGAAAUAUUAGCUCUUUGAGAGUUUUAGAUUUAUCCAACAAUCAAUUAUCCACAGUAAAACUAGAACAACUAACAACAAUACAGUUUCUCAACCUGUCAAACAACAAUUUGGGUGGUAACAACUUUUGGGGUCAGAUAUUAGAUUUUCCAUUAUAUUGGAUUUUAUUGGAUUUGAGUAACAAUCAAUUUUCAGGCAUGCUUCCAAGGUGGUUCGUCAAUUCUACGGACCUUAGAGCAAUUGAUUUGUCCAAAAAUCAUUUUAAGGGUCUGAUCCCAAGAGACAUUUGUAAGCUUGGCCAGCUUGAAUAUCUGGACCUUUCUGAGAACAACUUGUCUGGAUAUAUACCAUCUUGUUUCAAUCCACCACAAAUAAUCCAUUUGCAUCUAUCCAAAAAUAGAUUGAGCGGUCCAUUAACAUAUGGAUUUUUUACCAGCUCUUCCCUGGUUACAAUGGAUCUUCGAGAUAAUAGCUUCACCGGCUCCAUUCCAAAUUGGAUUGGCAACCUUUCAUCAUUGAGUGUUCUUCUUCUGAGGGAUAAUCAUUUUGAUGGUGAGCUCCCUGUUCAGUUAUGCUUGUUAGAACAAUUAAGCAUUUUGGAUGUUUCACAAAACCAGCUCUCUGGUCCACUACCAUCCUGUUUGGGCAAUCUUACUUUCAUGGAAAGUUCCCAGAAAACAUUUGUGGAUCUUGGAGCUAGUUUUCGAUCAAGCUCCAUAGAAGAAGCUUAUUAUGAAACAAUGGGUCCACCACUAGUGGAUAGUAUGCUCAGCUUGGAAAAUGAUUUUGUUCUUAACUUUACAGAAGAAGUGAUAGAAUUUACAACUAAAAAUAUGUACUAUGGUUACAAGGGGAAAGUUCUUAGCUACAUGUAUGGUAUUGAUCUCUCCAAUAACAACUUCGUAGGAGCAAUCCCACCAGAAUUUGGAAACUUAAGUGAGAUACUGUCAUUAAACUUAUCACACAACAAUCUCAUUGGAUAUAUCCCUGCAACAUUCUCAAACCUAAAGCAGAUUGAGAGUUUGGAUCUUUCUUACAACAACUUGAAUGGCGCCAUCCCUCCACAACUUACUGAAGUUACCACACUUGAAGUUUUUAGUGUGGCCCACAAUAACUUGUCAGGUAAGACACCCGAGAGAAAAUAUCAGUUUGCGACCUUCGAUGAAAGCUGUUACGAAGGAAAUCUUUUCUUGUGUGGACCUCCAUUGCGAAACAAUUGUAGUGAGGAAGCAGUGCCGUCACAACCAGUGCCUAAUGAUGAACAAGGAGAUGAUGGUUUCAUAGACAUGGAGUUUUUCUACAUCAGUUUCGGUGCAUGUUACACAGUUGUGGUGAUGACGAUUGCAGCAGUUCUCUACAUCAAUCCAUAUUGGCGACACAGGUGGUUGUACUUCAUCGAAGAUUGCAUAGAUACUUGCUACUAUUUUGUGGUGGCUAGUUUUCGCAAGUUCUCCUACUUCAGAAGGUGAAUUUGUUACUGGGGAGACGGUCGUUCCUAGUUUGUGAUGAUUGUUUGUCUAGCUAUUGGUAAUUUGUAGCGUACUGUCUCUAAGCUCAGCCUUUCUAUUUGAUUAGUUAUUUGGGCUAAAUAUAUAAGCUGGACUUCUCAUUCCGGAAUCAUUAGGAAGGAAACUGAUUUGGAUUGGUCAUUGA